AUGUCUGUUGACCAGGCGUCACCGCUGGUGCCUAUUAAGCCUCAAAUAGCGCUGCAGAACAGCGCGUUCAUAAAAAACAGCCACAAUAGAGCCAGCUUCUGCGGCGCCACCCCCUCCCCCACAAAUGGGAAUAGAACGUUCAAAACGUUCGCCGUAAACCGGAAGAGCUGGAGUGGCAACGUCACGUUACCCCUUCAGCAGUUCCUGGAAGAGCCACCUCAGCUGGCAUCGUUUCGUUCAGGAACGGGAACCUUUCCCAGAAAUCGGGAGAGGAACAAUAACACCACUAGCGGAAUAUUAACGCCUAACGGUAACGUGCAGACGCUCAAAGGAAAUGAAGUGAGGAGGAGCGGAUGUGCUAACGGCCGAAGGUACGCUGAGAUCGGAAACUGGAAUAAAAGGUGA